AGAAUGAAGAAAUAUCCCCAGAGAGAAAGAGAGAGAGAGAGAGAGAGAGAGAGGGAGAUUGUGAAAGAGACUUUAUCAAGAUAUUUAACACCAUAACUAUCUUCUUAGGACCAAGAGACCGACAGACAGCCAGAGUGAGGAUGAGGACUCUCCUCCAGUGUGUGGCCCUGUGUGUCACCAUCUCUCUCUGCGUCUGCUUUGAUUCUCAAGAAAGCACAGAAUCCUUUGAAGAUGUGUUUGUCAGUCCAUACCGAGCCAACUCAUUCAUCAACCCAGAGAGUCCACAGCGGGGAAGCACCUACAGCACUUACAGGAGAACGAUGAAGUCUCCAGCGGAGAGGCGCUCAGAGACAUGUGAGGACUACUCUCCCUGUCGCUUCUUUGCCCAUUGCUAUGGUUACCAGCUGGCCUAUCAGAGAUAUUUUGGAGCCAGGAAUCCAGGCACGACGGGGACCCGUAGAUUCUGAGUCCCUGUCCCUCUUAUCAUAGCAAUUAUUCCUGCUAUUGAUUUACUGUAUGCUCAUUCAACACACCCUGACAUUACAUAACAGGAUAUUGGUCCGGUGAUGUAACAGUAAAAGCUGUAUGACAAAUAUAUGAAAACAUAUCAGUAAAUCAAUUACGUACAGUGGGGAAAAAAAGUAUUUAG